AUGAGAGAGCGGGACUUCAUGCCCAAUAUGGAGAGGGGCAAACCUGCUACUUAUACAGGGGACAAAAAGGCUAAGAUGGCUGCGAAGACCAACAAGAAGUGGGUGAGACUAGCCACGGUCUUUGCUUAUGUAUUAUCCGUCUCCUUAGCGGCCAUCAUCCUGGCUAUUUACUACAGCCUCAUCUGGAAGCCGACCAGCGCAUCCUCGUCCGCAUCCGCCGGUAAACCGGGGACGACGGAGGGGGUCACGGCUUCCCCGGCCAACAUCACCGCCGCUAACGUCUCCGAGUGGAACUCUACGCAGUUGCCUGUCAAUCACACUGCGAGGCAGGACUCGACCCCGCACUCCCGGGUUUUUGAGUGGGAUCACGCCGAGGAGAGCGACGAUAUGGCGGAUGGACUUUACGCAUCGCCUCGCGGAGCCACGCAGAGAACGGGAAGUGUGGACAGGGCAACGCGAGUGGAAGAGGAGGAGGAGGUGGCGACGCUCAAAUCAGGAGAUAGAGCGGAACGUGAACCGGAUCAGGUAGCUUCUGAUACGACCACCGUGCCACCGAGCUCCGGGAUGAGAGCUGAGUGA